GAGAACCCUAGUGUCCUGCAUAUACUAAGGCAUGGCGGGGAGGACGCCCCUGCGGCCAGCCGGCCCUCCACAGCACCUGCUGCUUGCUCCGCCCUGCUGAGCCCUCGCCUGGAGCCCCCAGGACAGCACCUGCCUCCAGAGGCUGUCCCGGCUCAGCGGUCCACAGCGAUGGUGGAGAACUGGACCCCACAGGCUCACAACCUUCCCGGCAGGCCUCAGGGGCCAUCUUCCUCCAUCCUGGGACUGGCAGUCCUGAACAAUGGCUGAGGGCCGGGGGACCCCAUAGAGUCACACUACAGCUCGCGGCAGCCAGUAGCACUCUCGUGGACUAUGACCACCUAUCGGCCCAUUCCCAGUGAUGGCGUGGACCUGGCAGCCAGCUGUGGGGCCAGGGGGGCUGAGGUCCUCCCGGGGCCACACCCGGGGGACUAUGCUCCCAUGGGAUUCUGGGUCCAGAACGGCAGCGUGCCCCAGCCUGUUGUUGAGAGCCCAGCCGCUGCCACCACCCGCCUCAGCGCCACCACCCCAGCGGUGCCCAAGAUGGGCGUGCGCGCAAGGGUGGCCGACUGGCCACCCAAGCGAGAUGCCCUGAGGGAGCAGAACAUCCCAAGCCCCUCUCAGGAUGCAGACGGCACCAAGGCUGCGCAGGUAGCGCAGGUCCCCCAUGCCGUGAGGAGCAUACAGAACGGGCAGCCCGCCAGCACCCCAGCCUCCUCACGGCCCAAAGCCUCCCACCAACUCUCCCGGAGAAGGUCCAAGGACGUGGAGUUUCAGGACGGAUGGCCCCGGUCCCCGGGCAGGGCCUUCCUGCCCCUCCGGCACCGCAGCAGCAGUGAGGUCACCCUCAGUGAGUGUGAUGCGGAGGAGGCAGGGGAGCCACGGGGGCCCCGGCUCACAGGGGCCCUGCCCCUCUUCCGUGAGUACGGCAGCACGUCCUCCAUCGACGUGCAGGGUGUGCCGGAGCAGAGCUUCUUCGACAUCCUUAAUGGGUUCCGCAGCGGACAGGUGGAGCCCCGGGGCCCCCAGGACCUCACUCAGCUCCUGCCGGUCGACGCCAGCCUGCACCUUGCAGGGAGCAGCAGCAGCGGAGCCAAGGGGGACCCCCGGAAUGGGCAGCCCCUAAAGGACGGUCUCCUACCGCUGCAGCCGCUGAAGGAGAAGGCCCGGAAGAAGCCCGUGCGGGGCCUCGGUGCUGCGGACACAGUGGACUCGUCCAUUUUCCGCAAGCUGAGGAGCAGUAAGCCGGAGGCCGAGGCCGGGCGGUGCCCAGGGGAGGCCGAGGAGGGUCGCAGCCCCCCGGAGGCCAGCAGGCCGUGGGUCUGCCAGAAGAGCUUUGCCCAUUUCGACGUGCAGAGCAUGCUGUUUGACCUGAACGAGGCGGCCGCCAACAGGGGGUCGGUGGCCCAGAGGCGGAACACCACCACCGGUGCCUCCGCCGCCUCCGCCGUGGUGUCCCUGACGGUGUCGCAGGCCCACAGCCUGGGGGGCCUGGACCCGGCCUUCACCAGCACAGAGGACUUGAACUGCAAAGAGAACCUGGAGCAGGACCUCGGUGACGACAACAGCAACGACCUGCUGCUCAGCUGCCCGCACUUCCGCAACGAGAUCGGCGGCGAGUUCGAGCGCAACGUGAGCUUCUCCCGGGCCUCCGUGGGCUCCCCGGGCGGCGGUGGCGAGGGCCGGCCAGCAGAGCCUGCGCUGAGCGCCUACCGCACCAACGCCAGCAUCUCCGUGCUGGAGGUGCCCAAGGAGCAGCAGCGAACGCAGAGUCGCCUGCGCCAAUACAGCAUCGAGCACGUGGACCUCGGUGCCCGCUACUACCAGGACCACUUUGUGGGCAAAGAGCAUGCCAAUUACUUUGGCGUGGACGAGAAGCUGGGGCCAGUGGCCGUGAGCAUCAAACGGGAGAAGCUGGAGGACCACAAGGACCACGGGCCUCAGUACCAGUACAGGAUCAUCUUCCGGACCCGCGAGGUAGGUCCCAUCACUGUCGUGAUUACUCCACGGCUGCCGGGCGUGUGCUCAGCCCUGCCCGUGCGCACCAGCGGGUGUCCUGAACAUUCACACCUGCAGAGCCCGCAGCUCGUCCGGUGUGCGCGACAGAAUCACGGCUCUGUCACGGCAGCGGAGCACUGCGGGGCAGUGACAGCGACAUACCAGGUGUCUUUACAGAGCAAGCCAAGCACUGACUCCACGGGAACCCACUCCCUCUACACCACGUACCAGGACUACGAGAUCAUGUUCCACGUCUCCACCCUGCUUCCUUACACCCCCAACAACAGGCAACAGCUCCUGAGGAAGAGGCACAUUGGGAACGACAUUGUGACCAUCAUCUUCCAGGAGCCUGGAGCGCUGCCCUUCACCCCCAAAAACAUCCGCUCGCACUUUCAGCAUGUCUUCAUCAUCGUCCGAGUCCACAACCCCUGCACUGAUAAUGUCUGCUACAGGUACAGUGGGACAAGCAGGGAUCACCCCACCCCCGCCCCACGCACACCCACAGGGGAGCCCCAAAAAGCUGGUUCCCACAUCCAGGCAGCUUUCACGCAGUUGCCGUCUGAUUUCCGUCCUAUUGACAUCUUGGUCAAAACUGAAUCAGGAAGCGUGGUCUUCAACUGCUACUGCGGGGAUGUCAUCGGCUGGACCCCAGAUGCCGCGACACUCAAAAUCUUCUACGGGCGCGGGGACCACAUCUUCCUACAGGUCACGGAGGGCUCUGUGGAGGACAUAAGGGAAAUCGUCCAGAGACUGAAGGUAAUGACCAACGGCUGGGAGACAGUGGACAUGACGCUGCGGCGGAACGGGCUCGGGCAGCUGGGCUUCCACGUGAAGUACGACGGGACCGUGGCUGAGGUGGAGGACUACGGCUUUGCCUGGCAGGCCGGCCUCCGGCAAGGCAGCCGGCUGGUGGAGAUCUGCAAGGUGGCUGUGGUCACGCUGACCCACGACCAGAUGAUCGACCUGCUGCGCACCUCUGUCACCGUGAAGGUGGUCAUCAUCCCACCUUUCGACGACGGCACACCCCGGAGGGGGUGGCCAGAGACCUAUGACAUGAAUACCUCAGAGCCCAAGACAGAGCCAGAGAGCGUGACCCCUGGGAGCCGGCCCCCUUACCGCAGCAAUGCCCCCUGGCAGUGGAGCGGGCCCGCAUCCCACAACUCUAUACCAGCCUCCAAGUGGGCUGCACCAGCCACCCCUGGCCACGCCCAGUCCCUGAGCCGGCCCCCGAAGCAGACCCCCAUGGUCCCCUUCCGGGAGUCCCAGCCACUGCACAGCAAGAGGCCUGUCAGCUUCCCGGAAACCCCUUACACAGCAUCACCAGCAGGGGCCGACAGAGUCCCUCCCUACCGACAGCCUUCUGGGAGCUUCUCCACCCCCGGCUCUACCACCUACGCAAGAUACAAGCCAUCGCCAGAAAGGUAUGCAGCCGUGCCACACCCGCUGCUGUCCUUCGAUUCCCACUUUGCCCCCGAUGGGCCGUCCAGCGGUGAUUCCUCGUCAGGCGGCCUGACCAGCCAGGAGAGCACCAUGGAGCGCCAGAAGCCAGAGCCCUCGUGGCAUGUUCCCGCCCAGGCCCGGCUCUCAGCCAUGACCGGAAGCAGCAGCAGCAAGCAUGCCUCCAGGCAGGAUGCAGCAGGCAAAGAUUCCCCCAACAGACAUUCCAAAGGAGAACCUCAAUACUCAAGUCAUUCCAGUAGCAAUACCCUCUCCAGCAAUGCAUCCAGCAGCCACAGCGACGAUCGCUGGUUCGACCCCCUGGAUCCCCUGGAGCCAGAGCAAGACCCCCUCUCCAAGGGCGGCUCCAGUGACAGUGGCAUUGACACCACCCUCUACACCUCCAGCCCCAGCUGCGUGCCCCUGGCCAAGGCGGCUCGGCCCGCCAAGCUGCACAAGCCCCCAGGAAGUCUGGGCCUUUGUGGCGGGGGACGCGAGGCUUCCGGGAGGUCCCACCACACAGACAGACAACGGGAGGUCUCGCCCGCCCCGGCAGUUGCUGGCCAGAACAAGGGCUACCGGCCGAAACUGUACUCCUCGGGCUCCAGCACCCCCACAGGCCUAGCCGGGGGCGGCCGCGACCCACCAAGGCAUUCCAGCGACAUGGGCUCAAGGGCUGGCUGCCCCUCUCAGGUUUACAAAGCUGCCAGCGCGGAGACUCCUCGGCCCUCCCAGCUGGCGCAGGCCAGCCCUUUCCAGCUCUCCACCUCUGUCCCCAAGUCCUUCUUCUCCAAGCAGCCUGUGCGCAGUAAGCACCCAGCAGGGUGGAAGAGAACUGAUGAGCCCCCGCCACGGCCACUUCCCUUCACUGACCCGAAGAAGCAGGUGGACACCAACACGAAGAACGUCUUUGGGCAGCCGCGGUUGAGGGCGUCUCUCCGAGACCUCCGCUCCCCGCGCAAGAACUACAAAUCCACCAUUGAGGAUGACCUCAAGAAGCUCAUCAUCAUGGACAGCCUGGGGCCAGAGCAGGAGAGGGACCCCGGAUCCCCACAGAAGAGUCUGCAGCGGACGCUGUCAGACGAGAGCCUGUGCAGCGGGCGCCGGGAGCCCAGCUUUGCCAGCCCCGCCGGCCUGGAGCCCGGCCUGCCCAGCGACGUGCUCUUCACCAGCACCUGCGCCUUCCCCUCCAGCACGCUGCCUGCCCGCCGCCAGCACCAGCACCCCCACCCGCCCGACGGCGGCCCCAGCAGCAGCACUGCCGCCAGCAACGGCUUCCCGGAGAAGGAAUCCACCAUCUCAGCCUCAGAGCUGUCCCUGGCCAAAGGGCGGGACCGGCCCCUGCGGCGCCUCGACCCCGGGAUGAUGCCGCUGCCCGACACGGCUGCUGGCCUCGAGUGGUCCAGCCUGGUCAAUGCAGCCAAGGCAUACGAAGUGCAAAGAGCCGUCUCUCUCUUCUCUCUAAAUGACCCAGCCCUGAGCCCGGACAUUCCUUCUGCACACAGCCCUGUCCACAGCCACCUGAGCCUGGAGAGGGGGCCCCCGACCCCCAGGACCACCCCUACCAUGAGCGAAGAGCCGCCCCUGGAUCUGACGGGCAAGGUGUACCAGCUGGAGGUGAUGCUGAAACAGCUGCACACAGACCUCCAGAAGGAGAAGCAGGACAAGGUGGUCCUGCGGUCGGAGGUGGCCAGCCUGCGGCAGAACAACCAGCGGCUGCAGGAGGAGUCUCAGGCCGCCAGCGAGCAGCUGCGCAAGUUCGCCGAGAUCUUCUGCAGGGAGAAGAAGGGACUCUGA